AUGGCAGACCGUCUCACACAACUGCAAGAUACCAUAAAUCAGCAAGCUGAACACUUCUGCAAUAGCAUCGGAAUAUUGCAGCAGUUCUCUACACCUAGUAAGUUCCCUGGCUUCGACCGUAGCGGGUCGCAAACGCCUCAACAACAACAGAAUCAAGAGGAUUAUGCCAUGCUCUUUGCUACGUUGAUAUCUCGAUGUGCUAAGGAUAUAGAUACACUGAUUGAGUCGCUCCCUAGUGAGGACAGCUCUACGGAACUGCAGGUGCAAAGUCUGAGGCGUUUGGAAGCUGAAAAUAAAGAGGCUGCUGAACAAUUAGAAGAGGUAGUCCGUCAAGGUGAGAUCCUGCUGGAGAAGAUCCAGGGUGCACUUAGCGACAUUGCUCAGUCCCAACUUGAUAUGCAAAAUCCAGCUCUAAUUUUGAAUAAGGAUGUGAAACCUCAAUUAUAG